AUGAUUCAAGAACAGUGUGGUGCAGUGGCUGGUGAGGAUGAUGUUGUGGUUCUUCCUUCGUAUUACCAGAUGGACAUAAGGAUUGAGAAGAAGGAAACAGGAGCUACCAGGACGUCUUUGCGAACUCGGGCCAAGGGUGCUGAGAUAGUCAAAGAGGAAGCAUCGUCUGAGAAGAGGGCUCAGCCAGUUCUAAGUUAUGUGCCUCAAGGACACUCGAGCCAGAGGGUUGUCAACAAGGCACUAUACCAGAUCACCUCCGUUCUGCAUCAGCUGGCUGGGAUAGUUCAGGAUGUGCACCAAGCCAAUCAAUCAGCACCAGAUGAGAGAAUUUCAGGAGAAGGGCGAACAGGCUGGUGGGCUUUAAGCGUGAUGUGCUGUUGGAGUGAGUCGGUCCAGGCAAGGAAGGGCGUGACUUGCACCCAAGGAAGGCUGGAGGAUAUCUUUGGAGAAGAUUUACUCAAACUUGAAGAUAGUGAAUCUUCCAAGGCUAAGGCUAGGGCAAGCCGCAGGCCGUUUAGUAUAUAUAGGUUGGGGUUAACUCGAGGGAAGGGUUAA